AUGUUUUUCACGCUCAGGAAUAAGCCUGAGUGGCAGAGAGAAUGCGGAGUAAAUGUUGCACCGCAGGACCCCUUGGUUUUAGCUUUGGAAAAGGAUAAGAAAAAUUUGAAACCAAAGGGACGUUGUUGUGAUGCUUGUAGUAUCGGACAACAGUGUCUUAAAUUAAAAAGAAGGGACAGUGAAGAAGAAAGUAGAAUAAGUUUAUGGGAGUACCAACCAUAUGCUCCAGGAUACGGGAUACCACGACCAAAGCGGAGAGAAGGUGAAGGAGACACUAGCCUAUUAGGGGAUAUUUCGCUAGAGCUAGGAAGAUCCAGGACCGGAGCUAGUCCUCAAAAAUCAAAAGACAGUUGGGAAGAAAGUAGCCCAUCAAAAUCGGAGAGCCCCCAAGGAGAAAGCAGCUCGCAGGGACUGAGUAGUCCACAAGGGUCAGAAAGUUACAGAGAAGAAAGUUACAGAGAGGAAGAGGUCGAUAAGGGAAAAAGUAGCCUGAUGAGACCGGAGGGUCACGGGGAAGAGAGUAGUCCGCCUAAACCAAAAGACGACAGGAAUAGAGAUACCAGUACACCGAGAAAAGAAGACAGUGUCUACAGAGUGGAAACUAGUACACCAAGAGAUGCUAGUCAUGAGAAUGAAAGUAGCCCACCAAGACUAAGAGGUAACGAAAAAGAGGGCGAUUCCCCCAAGGGAGGAUGUAGUGGUAUUAUUAUUCAAGGGGAAAAGGAAGACAACACCCAAAGGUUAAACAUAGUGAUUCAAAUAGAUGAUAAGAGAGAUACCAGAGGGACAGAAGAAGGGGAAGAGAGCAGCCCCGGGCAGGCUGAGCGCCGACAGCGUCUCCUCCAAACCCAGAGAGAGAAGCGACUGGACUGUGUGAAUCAUGCUAGAGGGUUGGCAGAAGAUGACUGGGCAGGAACGGGAAGUGAGGACGAAGAACCGAAACGAGGGAAAAGAAAAGAAAAGAGAAAGAAUAGAACAGACACUAGAACCCAAGAAGAAGACGACCCUGGAGAAGGAACUAGCCACCCACACUACACCAGGUCUAUAGCUCGAAAGGAAGCAAAAGAAAGAAUCGAGAGAAGUUAUACAGUAGCUCCCCUUCGACAGAUAAUGCCCAUUGCAGGAGACCGGGGGCGGGUAAAGGUACCAUUCACAGCAAGUGAUUUGAAUAGUUGGAGAGAAGAAGCCCGGAAUUUUAGGAAGAACCCAGAGGGGGUGGCUAAGAGGUUCGAGUUGAUUGCAAAGAACCUAGAUAUCGACUGGAGUGAUAUAGAAGUAAUGCUGUCAGAAUUAACAGAAACGGAAAAAGAGCUGGUAUUGAAAACAGGAAGAGAUAGUGCCGCCGUAUUGCCCGAAGAAUUGGAAGUUGUAUUCCCAAGUAAAAAUCCAGAGUGGGAUCCAAAUAACCCCAAUCAUUAUGAGCUGCUGGUGCAAUAUAGGAAGCUAAUAGCAUUAGGUCUGCGGAAAGCAAUACCUAAAGCCAUUAACUGGGCAGCUUUGUAUGAUGUUAGACAGGGAAAGGAUGAAAGUCCCUCAGAAUUUCUAGAUAGACUUAGGACUGCCAUGAGACAAUACACACCCUUAGACCCAGCAUCGGAAGAAGGGAGACAACAACUGCUAGGGCUAGUAAUGGGGCAGUGCACUUCAGAUAUUAGAAAGAAACUACAAAAACUUAAACAUCCAGCAAAUAAAGAUCUAGAGACAUUGAUGAAUGAGGCCUGGGAAGUAUACAACAACAGAGAAAAAGAAGAGAAAAAGAGGGAAGAUAAAAGAGUUGCUCGGAUCGUAGCAGUAGCAGUGGCAGCCCAAAAUACAAAAUUCCAAGACACAAGUGCCAGGGGUAGAGGUCGUGGUUACCCUAUGAGAGGGAGAGGAGGAUUUAGACCCCAACCCAUCAGGGUAAAUGAAGAACAACUGAUUGCAGCUUUAAGUCUGACAAUCAGUUGCAUAGAACCAAAACCUGAGAGUCGUAAUAUCGAGCGAAUUAUGAGCGAGGCAUACCCAUUGGUAUGGGCCACUGAUGUACCUGGGAAAUCCAAACAAGCAACACCUAUUGCUAUUGAACUUAUACCUGGAGCAAGACCAGUAGUAAGAAAGCAGUAUCCCCUGAGAUUAGAAGACAGGAAAGGGGUCGAACCCAUAAUUGAGAAAUUCCUGGAAUUAGGACUAUUAGUGGAAUGUGAAUCAGAUUAUAACACACCGAUCCUGCCAGUGAAGAAAUCAAAUGGAACUUAUAGACUGGUUCAAGAUUUGAGAGCUGUGAAUGCAAUAACUAAAACUCUACACCCAGUGGUGGCAAACCCUUAUACCCUCUUGACUAAGCUAAAGGACAAUUUAAUUUGGUUCACAGUGUUAGAUCUAAAAGAUGCAUUCUUUUGCCUUCCCUUAGCCCCAGAAAGCCAAAAGAUUUUUGCCUUUGAAUGGGAAUCUGUGAGUAAAGGGAGGAAGACCCAAUUAACCUGGACAGUGUUACCUCAAGGCUACAAAAACAGUCCGACAAUCUUUGGGAAUCAAUUAGCCAAAGAAUUGGAACAAUGGGAAAGGCCACAGGGGGAUGGUACUCUUCUGCAAUACGUGGAUGAUCUGUUGAUUGCAACUGAGUCAGAAGAAGAGUGUGUUAAAUGGACUAUUUCUUUGUUGAAUUUCUUGGGACUAAGUGGAUAUCGAGUCUCUCAACAGAAAGCGCAAUUGGUGCAAGAAAAGGUAGUAUACCUGGGAUAUGAGAUCUCCAGAGGACAACGAUCCCUAGGAACAGCGAGGAAAGAAGCCAUUUGCCAGAUGCCCAGACCAGAAACGGUGAGAGAUCUACGAGCCUUUCUGGGAAUGACAGGUUGGUGUCGCUUAUGGAUCUACCAAUAUGGGGUACUCGCCAAGCCAUUGUAUGAUUUAUUAAAAGAAGCUAAGAGUAUCCUAGUUUGGACUCCCGAAGCAGAGGGAGCUUUUAAGAGACUGAAACAAGAACUCAUGAGAGCCCCGGCUUUGGGCCUCCCUGAUGUAACAAAAUCAUUCUGGCUGUUCUCUCAUGAACGGCAAGGGAUGGCUUUAGGAGUCUUGGCGCAACAGUUGGGACCACACAAAAGAGCUGUGGCCUAUUUCUCCAAACAGCUGGAUGAAGUAAGCAAAGGAUGGCCCAGCUGUUUGAAAGCGGUGGCCGCAGUAAUCAUAAACAUAGAAGAGGCCAGAAAACUCACGAUGGGCCAGAAAAUGACUGUAUUAGUGUCCCACACUGUGUCUGCUGUACUAGAACAAAAGGGUGGCCAUUGGUUGUCACCUUCCAGAUUUCUAAAGUACCAAGCAAUCCUAGCUGAAUCAGAUGACGUAACUAUUCAAGUAACUAACAUUGUGAAUCCAGCCUCAUUUCUAGAAGGAAAAAUGUCAGCAGAACCAAUAGAGCAUGACUGCCUAGAAACCAUCGAAGCAGUCUACUCCAGCCGCCCGGAUCUCAAAGAAGAGCCAUUUGAAGAUGCAGACAACUGGUUCUCGGACGGCAGCAGCUUCGUGAAGCAAGGAGUAAGAAUGGCAGGCUAUGCAGUAACCACAACGGAAGAGGUAAUCGAAUCAAAUCCUUUACCUGCAGGGACCUCAGCCCAAAAGGCAGAAUUAAUAGCUCUUACCCGAGCCCUGGAAUUGGCAGAAGGCAUACGAAUUAACAUCUGGACGGACUCUAAGUAUGCCUUCUCCGUCGUACAUGCUCAUGGAGCAAUUUGGAAAGAAAGGGGACUGCUAACCGCCCAAGGGAAAACAGUCAAACACGCAGAAGAAAUUCUACGAUUGUUAGAAGCAGUCCAACUCCCAGCACAAGUGGCCAUAAUGCAUUGCAAAGGACACCUAAAAGGUAACACUGUUCCAGAGAUAGGAAAUAGGAAAGCUGAUGCAGAAGCUAAAUUAGCUGCUGCAAGAACCAAGGAAGUGGUUAUAACAGCUCUAAUACCAGAAGAGCUAAAUACCGACUUCCAACCAGAUUACCAGGACUCAGAUCACAGGUGGAUUCAAAAGAACAAGGGCAAAUUAUUAGACAAUGGAUGGGGUCAAUUAGAAACAGGACAAUUAAUAAUACCAGAGAAGUUAAUGUGGCAAUUUGUGAAAACAGAACAUGAGAAAACACAUUGGAGUUUAGACCCGCUUUACCAGUAUUUGCAAACUAGAAUAGCAGGGCCAAAAUUAUUUACUACUGUAAAACAAGUAACAACCCAAUGCGAACGAUGCCUGAAGAAUAACCCAAAUACAGGAACCAAGAUACAUCAGGGAGCAAUAAAUCGAGGAAAACCCCUACAAGAAAAGUGGGAGGGACCUUUCCAAGUGCUGCUGACCACCUUCACCGCGGUUAGGAUCAAGGAGCGACCUACAUGGAUUCACUACUCUCGAGUCAAGAAAGCUCCAGAAGAUAAGCAAGAAAACUCCACAUCAUGA